AUGGCUGAUAACCCAACACAACCUAAUGUUGGGUUCAUCCCUUCAAACCCUGACAAGACUUCAAUUACCCCUCCUCCUAAAUUUCCUCCAGCGUUGUUACAUUUAAAGAAAGAUCAAGGUACUCCUCAUUCCAAUGCUGCAUCACCUGCCAAUGGUGCUGUUGCAACUGGAAGUCCAGUUCCUCACAUGAGUACUCCUCCUGGGCCACCUGUUUUUACGUCACCGGUUAGGCCGGCGGCUGUUCCGUUUCGAACGUUGCCUGCUUCGCCUCAGCCGCAUGCUCUUUCUUCUGGUUCUUCUUUGCCAAUGUCGUCGCAGCCUCAAUACUCGAAUGGAUCGUUUGACUUGCAGCCCCAAGUUUCUGAUAGCAUUGGAGAUCAUGUUUCACUUGGGGAGCCAUCCUUUGUACUUUUUUCAGCUCAUAAGGUAUUGAAGCAGAAGAAACAGGCUAAUGUACCCAGUUUGGGUUUUGGGGCAUUGGUCUCUCCUGGGAGGGAGGUGUCGACAGGCCCCCAGGUAAUACAGCGUGAUCCCCAUCGCUGUCAGAGCUGUGGGGCAUAUGCAAAUAAAUAUUGCAACAUAUUGCUCGGAUCAGGCCAGUGGCAGUGUGUUAUAUGUCGAAAACUGAAUGGGAGUGAUGGAGAGUACAUUGCACAUAACAAGGAAGAUCUUCACAGAUUUCCAGAACUAGCUUCACCAAUGGUUGACUUUGUACAAACGGGGACCAAGAGACCUGGUUUUGUUCCAGUUUCAGAUUCCAGAAUGUCUGCACCAGUAGUUCUUGUAAUAGAUGAAUGUUUAGAUGAACCUCACUUACACCAUCUUCAGAGCUCUUUGCAUGCGUUUGUUGAUUCUCUCCCUCCAACAACAAGAUUAGGAAUUAUACUAUAUGGCCGUACGGUAUCAGUGUAUGACUUUUCAGAAGAGUCAGUUGCAUCUGCUGACGUGCUUCCCGGGGACAAGUCAGCAAGUCAGGAAUCUUUGAAAACUUUGAUUUAUGGUACCGGUAUAUAUUUAUCACCCAUGCAUGCUUCACUGGCUGUAGCACAUUCCGUGUUUUCAUCAUUGAGGCCAUAUAAGUUGAAUGUACCAGAAGCUUCCAGAGAUCGGUGCCUAGGAACUGCGGUUGAGGUUGCUCUUGCUAUAAUUCAGGGCCCAUCUGCUGAUCUGUCCCGAGGGGUAGUCAAAAGGUCAGGGGGCAAUAGUAGAAUUAUUGUGUGUGCUGGUGGACCGAACACUUAUGGGCCUGGAUCUGUUCCUCAUUCUUUCAACCACCCUAAUUAUCCGUAUAUGGAAAAGACUGCAUUAAAAUGGAUGGAAAAUUUAGGUCGCGAGGCUCAUCGACACCAUAUAUUGGUUGAUAUUUUAUGUGCUGGAACAUGCCCUGUAAGAGUUCCUAUCUUACAUCCUCUUGCAAAAGCAUCAGGCGGAGUUUUGGUUCUUCAUGAUGAUUUUGGAGAAGCUUUUGGUGUUAAUUUACAAAGGGCAUCUUCCAGAUCAGCAGGCUCCCAUGGAUUGUUAGAAUUGCGGACAUCAGAUGAUAUUCUCAUUACACAAGUUGUGGGUCCAGGGGAAGAGUCACACGUAGACACACAUGAAACAUUUAAAAAUGACACUGCGCUUUAUAUUCAAAUGCUAAGUGUUGAAGAGACACAGAGCUUUUCUCUCUCUAUGGAAACCAAAGGAGAUAUCAAAAGCGAUUUUAUCUUUUUCCAGUUUGCAAUUCAGUAUUCAAAUGUGUAUCAGGCUGAUGUUUCAAGGGUUGUUACAGUUAGAUUGCCCACAGUAGACAGUGUUUCGGGAUAUCUCGAGAGUGUUCAGGAUGAAGUUGCUGCAGUCCUCAUUGCAAAGAGAACUCUGUUGCGAGCGAAAAACCAAUCUGUUGCUGUUGAGAUGCGAAAAACAAUAGAUGAAAGAAUCAAGGAUAUUGGUCUAAAAUUUGGCACCCAAUUACCCAAAUCAAAACUUCAUUGCUUCCCAAAAGAGCUGUCUCUCUUACCGGAGCUCCUUUUCCAUCUCAGGAGAGGGCCACUAUUGGGAUGUAUUAUUGGCCAUGAAGAUGAGAGGUCUGUGCUGAGGAACCUGUUUCUAAAUGCAUCCUUUGAUCUAUCUCUCAGAAUGGUGGCUCCCCGUUGUCUAAUGCACAGGGAGGGGGGAACUUUUGAGGAGCUACCGGCUUAUGAUCUUGCUAUGCAGUCUGAUACUGCUGUUGUACUUGAUCAUGGCACUGAUGUCUUCAUUUGGCUGGGUGCGGAACUUGUGGCCGAUGAAGGAAAAAGUGCCGCUGCUUUGGCUGCAUGCAGGACAUUGGCUGAAGAGCUGACCGAGUUCCGUUUUCCAGCUCCUCGCAUCCUUGCAUUCAAGGAGGGUAGCUCGCAGGCUCGAUAUUUUGUCUCUCGUCUCAUACCAGCUCACAAGGAUCCACCUUACGAGCAGGAGGCAAGGUUCCCACAACUUAGGACAUUAACAUCAGAACAGCGAACAAGGCUGAAAAGCAAUUUUGUUCACUUUGACGAUCCGAGUUUUUGUGAAUGGAUGCGAAGUUUGAAGACAGUGCCACCACAACUGAGUUGA